AUGACGGGAGAACUGUUGAGAGGAGUCGAUUGGGCAUUCUGCAGUUUUCGGGCCACCCGAAUUCGGCCAAGUGGGCUCCGCGUCUCCGAGGCCAUCACUCCCUCGUGUGGGGCGAUUUUUUUCAAAUGUUUCGUGGGGACAGCGGCUCUGGGUCCAUUUGACCCGCUGCCACGAGAGAAGCAGCCUCGGCCACGACGCAGAAAGCUCGGUCCUGUGCUCCGACUCGUCUUAGGUAGGGGCACGAAGUGUUGA